ACUUACUCCUUCAAGUCUUCCAAAGCAGAGCUUCGAAGGUCUAUUCUAAUGGCGUCUUCUUCUUCUUCUCUGCUCAUCUUUUAUAUAUUCCUCAAUCUCUUCUUCUUUUUGCUGCUAGUAGAGAAGAUUUCUCUGGUAUCAGCACGAGGGCUUGUCGGAGAACACCAUAUCAUCGACGUCAAGUCACUGCUGCCGAGCAGCAACUGCUCUGUGCCCGAUAAAGGCACGAGAGCUUCCAAGCUCAAGUUGGUCCACCGGCAUGGCCCGUGCUCAUCCUUGGCACGUCAGGACAAUCCGUCCCAUGUGGAGCUCCUCCAGCAGGACCAAUCUCGUGUCGACUCCAUCAACCGUCGGGCCGCCACCAAUGCUGCCAGCCUCAACCCUGUUGGCGAUUCUCUUUCCGCAAGAGUUCCGGCAAACACCGGCGCUGCUCUUGGUACGGGCAACUAUAUCGUCAACAUAGGCCUAGGCACCCCUAGCAAGUCCUUUUCAGUUGUGUUCGACACCGGCAGCGAUCUCACUUGGACCCAAUGUGUUCCUUGCGAUAACUGCUACACCCAAAAAGACCCUAUUUAUGACCCAACCCAAUCCUCUACCUUCACCAACAUCUCUUGCAACUCCAACUAUUGUACACAACUCGAUCAAUCAAGUUGCUCGUCUACCUCUACAUGUCUCUACCAGGUACAAUACGGUGACAAUUCUCAAACUCAAGGCUCCCUCAUUCAAGACACCUUAACAUUCUCCUCUGAUAAUAUACCCAACUUCCGCUACGGCUGCGGCCAUGACAACAGUGGCCUAUUCGGGAAGUCAGAUGGGUUAUUAGGCCUCGGCCGGGAACCCGUUUCAAUUAUUUCCCAAACAGCUCAAUUGUAUGGCAAGGUAUUCUCAUAUUGUAUACCAUCAAAGUCCAGCUAUGCUGGAUAUCUCGCACUUGGUAGCUCCGCCACUAGUGUUCAGUAUACACCGAUGUUAACCAACCCAAAUCUGCCAUCCUUCUACUUCCUCAAGCUCGUUGCCAUCUCUGUUGGGGGUCAAAGGCUCGCUCUUUCACCCACAGUGUUCAGCUCCCCUGGAACCUUGUUGGACUCCGGCACAGUGAUUAGUCGAUUGCCACCUACUGCCUACUCUGCCCUCCGCAGCAGUUUCCGGCAGUACAUGACCAAUUACCCGACGGCGCCAGCACUGUCCAUACUCGACACAUGCUAUGACUUCACUAACUACCAGACGGUGAAGGUGCCAUCAAUUGCGUUGCUCUUUGAUGGCGGAGUGACUGCUAAUGUAGAUUUCACGGGGAUACUUUAUGUGGCAAGUAUAUCUCAAGCGUGCUUAGCCUUCGCUGGAAAUAAUGAUGCUAGUGAUAUUGUGAUCAUUGGUAAUGUGCAACAACGCAGGUUCAAUGUAGUGUAUGAUGUGGGGAACUUAAAAAUUGGCUUUGGGGCUAAUGGUUGUAGCUAGAAUGAAUAGGUUUCGUCAUAUUUGUUAUAUAAUUGACGCAUGUGGGACAGUUAAUGUAGUCAUGAAAAAUAAAGUUUAAUUGCAUCCAAAUUUUAUGAAAUAAUAAAAUAUCAAAUGAAGAUAACUUUAUAUGUGUUGAUGAAAA